AUGUCCUCACCCCACCACUACUUUGGCUCCCAGUCUGGCGGCCGCGCCGUCUCGCCACCCCUCUCCGACGACGGCUACAACGACCCGAGGCGAUCCACUGACCAAGAGGACCACCAGCUCCAGCAGGACAUCGAUGCCGCGCGCCAGAUGAGCAAGGCCCGCGUUCGAGACUCGCCCCCACCGCAGUCGUCGGUCGCAGGCGCCACCGCCUCCAGCCGUCCCGGCCGUAGCCGCAAGCUGUCCAACGCCCCCCGCGCCGACGACCAGGACCCCGAUGCAGAGCCCUACUACCACGAGGGCAUGUCGCAGUCGCCCACCGCCAUCCCCCGCCGCUCCGCCCCGUCCGCAUCUGCCGCCGCCCGCUUCUACCAGCAGCAGCGCCACGGCUCCAACGCCAGCCUCGACAGCCAGCAGCACUACAUCGACCACCGCAACCAGGCACACUCCCUCAGCGCCCACGCCUCCUCGCCCCUGGCACUGCGCGCAAAGUCGUCGCUCUCGCGCACGCCGAUGCGCAGCCCCAACGUCUACUUUGGCGGCAACCCGCACGACGAGGAGCCCGACGAAGAGGCCGUCGCCGACGACGCUCACAGCGGCGACUUUGAUCAUGCCACCCUGGGCCAGCGCAGGCCCAGCAGGCACUCGAACUCGGCCCAGUCCGGCGGCCGGGAGCACGACGCCGACAUGUACGGCGGCGCCCGGGCUUCUUCGCCGCGGACCAUGUCGCGGAGGCCGUCGAUGCUCGAGGACGACGUCUGCUUCCCCAUGCACGAGCAGCACCUCACUGACGCCGACGUCGGCGGCCCCAACCUCGAGCACGACGGCUUCGAGGGGCACGAGGUGCAUGGCCACGAGGACCGCCCUGUUCCCCCGGGCUACCCGUUCUGCUUCGACAUCAAGGCUCUCGAGGACUUCGCCGCCGAGGAGCGCGAGAGGAUCGGCAUGUCGAGCUCGUGGACCAACGCCGGGCCUGCGUCUGGCCUCCGGAUCCGCAACCAGGCCGCUGCCCAGAAGGGAGCGGGCACGGGACCGGCGUACGGCUUCUCGCCGGAUAGCGAUGACGCUACGUUCUACAGCAGGCGGCCGAGGAAGCUGAGCGCCUCGGCAGGUGCGCUGGGAAGCAGCAAGUAUCAGAGGAAGCUCGCCCUCUUCGAGGGUGGUGGCAGUGCUCCGCCGCCCGUCGCGGGUGCGGGCGCGAGCACCAGCAUCCUCGGCAGCGGCUCGGCGCUGGCCAACGAGCGGUCCAAGUCGACCGCCAAGACGCCGUUGCUGGACAAGGACACGCUGCCCAGCUACCACGGCACGCACGACGAGGGCCGCAACGGUCCGGCACGGAUGCCGUCCAGCGGGGCCCUCAGCGCGCCAAACAUGGGCCGCGCGCGCUCAGGAACGGGCGCCUACAGCGGCGCCGAGAAGCCCUACCGCUUCACCUUUUACUCAAACGCCCUGCCCAGCACGAUCCAUGCGCGCCACCUCGCCGAGCUUCCGGCCGAGGGGCAGACGUUCGAGGAGCUCUUCACGGGACGCCCGUCGACGACCGACUCGCCACCGCAGGAGAGCAACGCCGAGGGCGAGAGCCGGGGUGCCAGCCGCGGCACCAGCCGGGCGCCGACGAUCAACAACCACACUGCCGGCGGCAAUGGCGCUUCGAAGCCGUCUUCGCUGGGUCAGGUGCUUGCGGGCCUCAGCCGGAUGGAGGGCACGACGGCGCCGCCGACGGGGGCCAACACCCCGCUGCAGGUGACAGAGGCUCAGAUGAACGGCGCGCGGCCACUGGGCGGGCUGGCGUCCGGGGCCAAGAACGGCUUUGCCGCGCCGGCGCGCGCGCUGCCCGGCGGCGGGAUCCGGAUGGACCAGGACCCGGAGGCCAACACGUGGUGGCUCGACGUGCUCUCGCCCACCGACCAGGAGAUGAAGCUGCUGAGCCGCGUGUUUGGCAUCCACCCGCUGACGACCGAGGACAUCCUGAUGGAGGAGACGCGCGAAAAGAUCGAGCUGUUCCGCAACUACUACCUGGUCUGCUUCCGGUCCUUUGACCAGGACCCGUACAGCCCGACCUACCUGGAGCCGCUCAACAUGUACAUCAUCGUCUUCCGCGAGGGCACGCUCUCGUUCCACUUCCGCGGCACGCCGCACCCGCAAAACGUCCGCCGGCGCAUCAAGCAGCUCAAGGACUACAUCAACGUGACCUCGGACUGGAUCUCGUACGCGCUCAUCGACGACAUCACCGACGCCUUUGGCCCGCUCAUCCAGAGCAUCGAGUACGAGGUCGACAGCAUCGACGAGCUCGUCCUUAUCCUCAAAGAGGCCGAGCAGAGCGACAUGCUCCGGAGGAUCGGCACGUGCCGCAAAAAGGUCAUGGGCCUGCUGCGGCUGAUGGGCAACAAGGCCGACGUGGUCAAGGGCCUUGCGAAGCGGUGCAACGAGAACUGGUCGGUGGCGCCCAAGAGCGACAUUGGCCUCUACCUCUCCGACAUUCAGGACCACCUCAUCACCAUGACGCAGAACCUCAACCACUAUGAAAAGAUCCUGUCGCGCUCGCACUCCAACUACCUCGCCCAGAUCUCGAUUGAAAUGACCGACGCCAACAACCAGAUCAACGAUGUCCUCUCCAAGCUCACGGCGCUCGGUACCGUCAUUGUCCCGAUGAACGUCAUCACCGGUCUGUGGGGCAUGAACGUCCACGUGCCGGGCCAGGACGACGAGGAGACGCUGCGGUGGUUUGGCGGCAUCUGCGCCGUCAUGGUCGUCCUCGCCGUGUCGGGCUACAUUGCCACGACGCGGUACCUCGAACGCAGCCGCUGA